AUGAUGAUCCCACGGCUCCUCGCUGCCGUGCUGGCACUGACAAGCACCGCCUCUGCAGCCGCAGCUCCCAAGCCUCCGCAGUCCGGGGUCGGCCUGGGCUGCAAGUCGGAGCCGUCGGCGCAGUUCCUGUCCGAGAGCAAGAUCAACGCCCUGGCCGAGGACAGCACGGUCGAGGUGCAGGCCCCCGCGCCCAUCGUCGUCGACACCUACAUCCACAUUGUGGCCGCGGGCAAGGACAUUACCGACGGCUGGGUGUCGCAGACGGUGGUCAACGCGCAGGUGGCGGCGCUCAACAAGGCGUACGCGCCGUGGAACAUCAGCUUCAAGCUGCUGGGCACCGACUGGACCGUCAACCAGACGUGGGCGGACGACCUGGACUCGAUGGCGAUGAAGGCCGCGCUGCGCAAGGGCACGUACAAGACGCUCAACAUCUACUUCCAGCGGACCAUCAUGGGCGGCACGGCCUCGGGCUUCACCUACUUCCCCAUGAGCGGCCCGCCGGUCAAGGGGUCGUACUGGUUCAACGCCGACGGGGCGCAGGUCCAGACGCUCACGAUGCCCGGCGGCGCUCCCCCGGGUUGGUGGCCGAUGCAGGGGAUGAUUGCCGUGCACGAGAUCGGCCACUGGUUCGGCCUGUACCACACCUUCCAGGGCAACUCGUGCGACGGGGCGGGGGACAUGAUCAAGGACACGCCCCAGGAGUCGGCGCCCGCCACGGGCUGUGCCAAGCCCAGCGACUCGUGCCCCAGCCUCAAGGGCGUCGACCCCGUCAACAACUACAUGGACUACUCGGGCGAGGGCUGCUGGACCCAGUUCACAAAGGGCCAGGCCAAGCGCAUGCGCACAAACUGGAAGAUCUACCGCAAGAAGUACUGA